AUGGAUAAUGAUUCACAAUGGACUGUUGACAAAGUUAUGAGUUGUCUGAAAUGGAUUUUACAUGGAGAAGUGAGUUUAAAACUGAGAAUUAUUCCAAAAAAGGUGAAAAUAUUAAAUUUCAGUCAUUCGAUCAAAUCUCAUUCAAAGACUUCCAUAUCAAAAAAACCGAUAAGUUCAAAGAUAUUCAAAAAAUCAGGCAAAUCAUUGAAUUCGUCUCUCGAAAAUACGGCAGAAAAAUAGAGGUUUAUGGGACAAUUGAUGAGAUUCUGAGGGAUGUUUUGAGAAUCAGUGAUAUUCCUGAGAUACAUCGACUUCCAUUGGGUGGAUUGACGACUGAGCAAAUCUUGGAGACGGAAAUAUGUUGUAGCAGUUAUUUGGCACAAGAGGAUAAUGAGUUUUAUGCGAAAAACGAUGUUUUCAUACUUCUCAAUCGAUUUAUCAAAGAAUAUGAAUAUUCAAAUAUUGCAAGAUGUUUUAUUGACAAAUGGUUCGCAUUAUUUGUCAGUGAAAAACUCGAAGAAAAUAAAGAUGUUCAUGAAUUUGUUACAAAGGAUAUUUUAGAAUGCAUCACUGAAUCAUUUUAUCAGCCAAUAGAUCGAGGAAUACUCGACUUUCAAAUAACAAUCGAACAUUUUCAAGGAUUUCGAGAAUUUUGGCCGAAAGAUAACAAAUUCUUUGACGAAGUUUUUAUCAAAAAAUUGAAGAAUAAAGCAAGAAACAUGCCAAUGGCUACAAAUCAACAAUUCUAUAAGGAAACAUUUUUCGAAAUUGUAACAAUUCUAUCACGAUGUCCUGAAGUGUUUCGAAUUUACGGCGAAUUUCUGAAACCCAACUUGAAAAUCGAAGAAAUCAAAAUUUUCACAAAUUUCCCAGUUGCACGUUGUUUUGAAAUGUAUACAAACGGAAGAAAAUUAAUGUUCACCACAGAAAUCGAAUAUGCGAUUCGAUUAUCGAUUGCGAGAAAAGGGCGGGUUUUGGAGGAGGGAUUUUUGAGUUGUGGAAUUCGAGAAGAUCGAAAAAUGGGAAUUGUUCUUGCCAUUAGUUAUGAAACUGUUGAAAAUGUUAUGAAAGUUUUAGGAUUAUCGAUUGAAAAGGAUAUUAAUGUGAGAAAGAGAAGCUGCGUUGCGUGUGCGUCGCGGUUGAGGGUUCCAGAAAAAAAUUCGCUCUACGGGCGACUGUUUAAACUUGCAAUCAAGAUUUUUAAUGAAAUAUAUGUUUUCUAGUAGUUUUCGACCUGCCGAUCACUUUUUGAUGUCUAAAAUUGCAAAAUUCAACUCCUAAAGUGAGUUAUGACGUGGAUUUAGGAGCUGAGCUGAAAACAAGCUUCGAAAUUCCUAAAGUCCCAAUUUUUCGACAUUUUCGAAAUUUGCCACGUCAUAAUUCAUAUUACGAGUUGAUUUCUGUAAUUAUAGACAACGAAAAAGUGAUCAGCGGGUCGAAAACCGAAAAAACCGCGACGCACACACAGCGCGUCUGACUUCAUCUUAUCUGCACACAGUUUCAAUUUUUGCAGAUAAUUCACUUACCAAUGACUCGAAAUUUCGAUGGAAUCAGUUAUCCAGUACUUUCACAAUAUUCAACACAUUGCAAAUAUUCAGAAGAUUGUUUUCGCGAAAUUCAAAGUUAUCUUUGCUCCUGGCUUCGCGUUUUUCAAUUCAUCACAUCUCACAAUUUUGAUAGACUCGUGAAAUGGAUCGAAGAUUUGAAUGGAUUAUUUGCGUAUCGGGUAAGAAUUUGAAUAUUUGCCACGUCAUAGCUCAUUUUUUCAGAAUAUGUCAUAUUUCAUUGAAUGUUGGAAAAUUGAUGAAAUCAUUAGAAGAGCAAAAAAAGAGCUGAAUUGCUUGAAAACUCGAACAAAUUCAUAUAAAAUUCCUGUGAAAGAAAGCUACACAGAUUUUGAAGUUAUACAAGAAGCUGGAAAAUUGAUUGGAAAAGCGAGUGAAGAGGAGAUUAUUGGUUUGGGAAUGGUUUUGAAUGAAUAUAAGAAGAUGUUGAAAGUGGAAGAUUCAUUGACAAUUCGACAUAUUUGGAGUGUUUAUUGUAAUUUGAUGACUAUUAAAUUGUAUCAGAAAAGUCAGAAGGUUGGUUUUUAAAAAUCAAUAUUUUCCCUAUGCCAGAAAGUCGUCUGAAACCAAGUUUCCAGAAUAUUAUUUUAAUUCUUGUCUAGACUCUCUCAAUUUUCGGUUGUCUCUAAGCAAAAUAAUAUUCUGGAUAUUUUGUUUUUUAUACUCAGAGAUUCGCUGGCCAGCUCGCCACUAGAUCAGGACCAGGUGGCCGGAAAGUUCAAAACGAGCUGAAUUUGAUUCGGCCACCAGGUCGCCUUGAGUUUUCCGGCGACGUGGCCUGUGUGUUUGAAAUCCUGGAAAGCUAGCAAGACGGUGGUUUGUACUCAAAAUAGUGCAUUUUUUACUGUUUUUUUCACUUCCUAAAGUUUCUAGUACUCCGAAAAAACAGAAAAUGAGCCGAUUUCUUCUAGAAUGCUCGGAUUCACAAGUUUUUUGGACUUUUUUCUCUUAAGCGAGACGAUCUGGACGCGAGGUCGGGUUGAGCUGGACAACCUGGGCGAGGUGGUCUGCAUGAACUGAACCACCUCGCGACCAGGUCGUCUCGCAAAAAAUACGGGCGAUGUGGUUGUCCGUGUCAAUUUCAGAUGGGCAGUCGACCCCACCUAGUGACCAGCUGGCCAGCGAAUCUCUGAGUAGAAUUUUCUGAAAAUAAGUCCAUUUUGUAUCAAAUAUCCUUUGUUUUCAGAAAAUUCCAGAAUUUUUUCAGAUUGUCCAAAUGUUCCAACUCAUCGAUCAUGAUAAUUGUACAGAUUUGACUGUCGAACAGGUUAGUCUUAUUUAAAAAAAAUAAUUUUCUAAUUACCUUAUCACAAUUUUCAGAUCAUGUCUCAUGUCCAAUUCGCAAUUCAUCAGGAAAACUUUUUUUGUGAAGAUGUUGGUUUUUUGUUGUUGAAAAUUUUAAAGUUUCACCUAACAAAGAAAUUUUGAAAUUUUAGGGUCAAAUGCCUUCAACUUCAACAGCGGAUCAAAUAACAACAACAACAACAAAUUCGAAUAGAACUAUAAAAAUAAAAUCGAUAAAUUUUGUGAAGGAUGGGAACGAAAUGACGGUGACAAUUACAAAAGAUGCGAAAAGUCAACCAACGUGUAUUUUGAAGAGGAAAAUUGAAUUGUGGGGGGUUUUCUCUUUGAAAAAUAAUAAAAGUAAAAUUUUGCAGAAUUCCUGAGAAGAACACUGAAAAUGAAGAAUCGGAAAUGAAAAAAUCUGUGAAAAACGUCGAAGAAGAAAAAAGAAAAUGA